GACAAGGUCCCUCAGCGCUGCACAGUAGCUGCGCUGCUGCCAGUCCGUUCUCCCCACCUGCGCGGAUAUAACGCGGUCGUGUCACCCCCCCCCCCGCCCCGCGGUGUCUACGGUUAAACGGCGACUAGAAAGAAAUCCUCCCCGUCCCCCUCCUCUCACAAGAGCGGGAAGCUCCGUUCGGCCUCGUCUGGGCUUGUCGGGGUCGGCGUGCGACUGUCCGGAGCGCUUGUCUAAUGAAGUUACUGCUUUGUUCGUGUUUCCUGGGUCUCUUCUGCGGAGCACAGGGCUUCCCAAUGCGCUAGGAUGGUGCUGCGGCUGGAGGAGAGCUGGCCCUUGCUCGUAGGGAAGAGGUUCCUGAGCCUGUCUGAGGAGGAGAACAGCGGCCCGUGGGAUACGGAUCACGUCUCCGAAUGGCCCUGGAAAGCUGGCAGAAUCAGGGCCGUUUCGCACACAGAUGUUUCCAAACAGGACUUGAAGGUAUGUGUGGAGUUUGAUGGUGAGUCAUGGGAGAAAAGAAGAUGGAUCGAGGUCUACAACCAUAAAAUGAGAGGAUUUCUAGUAGAGCAAAAAUUGGUACUUGCUGAACGAAAAUCUCAAGCCAACUCUACAGAUACGGUUCAGUGGCCUGCAAUGGUUUACAAAUCCUUAUUGGACAAGGCUAGUCUAGGAUCCAUGGUUUCUGUACGUUUUCUUGGUGAAGAGAGAUGUGUGUUUCUUUCUAAAGACCUUUUGAAGCCUAUUCAGGAUGUGGACAGUCUGAGAGUCUCUCUUAUGGAUGAUCAGAAUGUUAAUGAAGAAAUUCAAGUUUUGAUUAUGAAACAUCUAGACGAAAACCGCUUGCUGCAAGGUGGUAAGAAUGUAAUUGGCUUAAAAGUAAGGAUUUAUAGCUUGGAUCCAUCUACCCAGUGGUUCACAGCAACUGUUGUAAAUGGUAAUCCAACUACAAGGACUCUGGAAGUCAACUGUGAGGAGAUUCCAGCUUUAAAAACUCUUGAUCCAGAAUUGAUUCAUGUUGAAAUCCUACAUGACAGCCAUGAAAAGUGUGGCAAAUCUAAGAGAAAUGGGGGUAUGAAAAGAAAAUCAUCUGAUGAUAAAGGAAAUGUUGAUGCCAAAUAUACAAAAUCCUGCUCUGAGGUAUCACAAAGUCUGAGUCACGUGCAGUCAGUACCAACGGUGUUUGGUGAAACAUUUCUAGGGUGUACACUUGCAACCCCUACUAGCAAAGACCUCAGGCACCAAGGCAUGCCUCAGCCAGCUAACUCCCCUCCUAACCUUGGUGCAGAAACUCCUCAGGGCAUUUGCAAAGAGAAUUUACCAGAAGAACAUCCUUCUUGUCUUAAUACUGCGGUUAAAAUGUCAAAAGAAAAUCUGACUGUCUUCCAUAAAGCAGAGUUUCUAUCUAAAGAACAAACUAAAAAUCCUAAUGAUCAGAAUAGUAGCUAUACCUCUUUGAAGACCUCAAGAUCGCCACACAAUGAAAAACAAAAUGGCUUGAAAAACAAAUCCUUUACCAAGCCAAUGACAAACUUCCCAAAGGAACAUCUAGACAACUCUUCAAGAGUAACAUCCAGGCUUAAUGGCAUAUCAGAACUGCAGAAAAUCUUGGAUUGUAAACCCUCAACAUCAGAUGCUCCUGCUAUCCUUUUCACUGGGCAUGAGAUUAAAUUACAAAGCAGUUGUAACCAGAGCAGCUGCAAAGGAAACAAGGCAGAAAACUCCUUUUCUGUAUGUUCCUCAGUCAGAGGAAACUCAAAUGAGAUUUCGUGUGAGAGAAAUGAAAACGAAGGCCCUAGGGCUGGGAGCACCAGUAAAGUCCACAACAAUGUAAUUAUUCGCAGCUCAGUUUUGACAGAUGCUUGCAAAGUUAAGAAGCUGCAGCAAAGUGGGGAAGCAUUUGUGCAGGAUGGUUCCUGCAAUAACAUUGCACCUCACCUGCAUAAGUGCAGGGAAUGCCGCCUGGACAGCUACCGGAAAAACAAAGAGCAAAAAGACUCUACUGUCUUUUGCAGAUUUUUUCACUUCAGGAGGCUGCGGUUCAAUAGACAUGGACUGCUGCGUGAAGAAGGUUUCUUAACCCCGGACAAGUACGAGACUGAGGCUAUCAGCUUGUGGCUGCCUUUAGCAAAAAAUGUUGUGGGUCUAGAUCUAGACACUGCAAAGUAUAUUUUAGCCAACAUCGGAGACCACUUCUGCCGGCUGGUGAUAUCUGAAAAGGAGGUCAUGUCCACAAUAGAACCACACAGACAAGUAGCCUGGAAACGUGCAGUUCGAGGAAUUCGAGAAAUGUGUGAUGUGUGUGACACCACGAUAUUCAACCUUCACUGGGUUUGCCCCAAGUGUGGCUUUGGAGUGUGUGUAGAUUGUUACAGGAUGAAAAAGAAAAGCAUACAUGAAGAUAUUGCAGCUGAUACUUUCUCCUGGCUUAAAUGUGUGAAGGGUCAGUUACAUGAACCGGAGAACUUAAUGCCUACACAGAUAAUUCCUGGAAAAGCUCUCUAUGAUGUUGGUGACACUGUUCACUCCGUAAGAGCAAAAUGGGGAAUAAAAGCAAACUGUCCUUGUGCGAAUAAGCAGUUAAAGGCCCUAUCAAAACCAAUUCUGAAGGAGGAUCCAAAACAGAGUUUAAUCUCCGGAGAGAAAUCCACACUUCAGCAUAAUUUUGUCCUAAACCCAUUAGCCACUAGCUGUGAUUCUCCUGUAAAACCAACACUUGGAAGUAAACCAGUCUCUUCAGUAAAUACUUCUCCUUCCUUAAGUUGGCUGGCUAACCUAACCAGUGGAAACUUGAAUAAAGAAAAUAAAGAUAAACUUCUCACGUCCACUUUAAAGAAUGAAAACAAACCUCUUCAGACCCUCCCCACUUUCACUAAACCACCUACAGCCCUGCAGACAUUCAACAGUGCAAUAUUAACACCUGUGAGCAACAACAACACAGGUUUCUUGAGGAAUCUGCUGAACUCUUCUGGAGGAAAGACAGAAAGUGGGCUCAAGAGCACUCCCAAAAUCCUUGAUGACAUUUUUGCAUCGUUGGUGCAAAGUAGAACUCUCUCAGAUUUGCCUAAGAAACCUCAAGGAUUAACUAUAAAGCCUACCAUAUUGGGCUUUGAUACACCUCACUAUUGGUUAUGUGAUAACCGCUUGCUGUGUCUUCAGGAUCCCAACAAUGCGAGUAACUGGAAUGUCUUUAGGGAAUGCUGGAAGCAGGGACAGCCUGUGAUGGUGUCCGGAGUGCAUCACAAACUAAAUGCAGAGCUUUGGAAACCUGAAUCCUUCAGGAAGGAGUUCGGCCAACAGGAAGUAGAUCUGGUUAAUUGCAGAACCAAUGAAAUUAUCACAGGAGCUACAGUUGGAGACUUCUGGGAUGGAUUUGAAGAUAUUCCAAGCCGUCUUAAAACAGAAGGAGGGGAGCCAAUGGUGUUGAAGCUGAAGGACUGGCCUCCAGGAGAAGACUUCCGAGACAUGAUGCCAUCUCGGUUUGAUGACCUGAUGAAUAACAUUCCACUGCCAGAGUACACUAGAAGAGAUGGUAAACUCAACCUUGCCUCCAGACUUCCGAACUAUUUUGUUCGACCAGAUUUAGGUCCUAAAAUGUACAAUGCAUAUGGUUUAAUUACACCAGAAGAUAGGAAGUAUGGCACAACAAACCUCCAUUUAGAUGUGUCUGAUGCAGCUAAUGUUAUGGUUUAUGUGGGCAUACCAAAAGGGCAGGUCAAUCAAGAAGAAGAAGUGCUUAAAACUAUACAAGAUGGCGAUUCUGAUGAGUUGACAAUUAAGCGUUUUAUAGAAAGUCGAGAGAAACCUGGUGCUCUAUGGCACAUUUAUGCUGCUAAAGAUACAGAGAAGAUCCGUGAAUUCCUUAAAAAGGGGCUCUUGCACCAAGAAUGGCCAGAUUGUGUGAUGAGUUAGAAGAAUCUGGUGGUAGAUGAGCAGUGGGGGAAGAGGGGAGAGUAGAAACUAGCCCAGGAGGUAAGAUAAAGGAAAUCUGAGUGUUGUUUUUGUCUUUUUUUUUGUGUGUGUUUUUUAAACCAUGUUUUCAGUGGAUCCUGAAUUUAUGGCAUUGUGUGAGGAUGGAGAUAUGAUCUUAAACUGACACUUUAGGCAAGAGUUUCAGUAGCCAGGCUCCACCCUCCUGACUACUACAGUGUGGCUUGAAUACAUUAUAACCUUUAAGCAUCUUAAAAACUGGUCAGCUUUUAAGUUUGCCAUUAGCUAAUGUGUAAAGGAUUAAAACUGGAGAGAGGGGCGUUUGUAGCUGUCAGUCCCAGACCCUGCCAGAACAACAGAUGCAAAGCCUGCACACACAUCCACUGCUACAAUGGUCCACACCCCCUCACAACACACCUUUCAAGGUCCAUGGGUCCUGCACAUGCCUAUCCCAACACAGGGUGUACCUCAUCCAGUGAACUAAAUGUCCCAAUAGCAGCUAUGUGGGUGAAACCAGACAGUGCUCUUGAAUGAACUUCCACAGGAAAACAAUAAAACACAAAAACACCCUAUCACCUGUUGAACACUUCACACACACCCCCCACAGCCCUCCAAAGUGAUCACUAUAUCUGACUUAUCAGUCCUCGUCCUCAAAGGAAACCCACACAACACUUGCAAAAGACAAGCUGGGGAGCUUAGAUUCAUAACUUUGCUGGACACUAAAAAUCAUUGACUGACUGAAUACACACUGGAUUUAUGGCUUAUUACAACAAUCUAUAACCCACUAACAACCUCCCUCUUUUCUGUUCUGCCUUGUGUUAAGCUUCAACACUGAAUGAGGCCAGGUCUACACUACACACUUAUUUCGGCAUAACUGUGUUGCUCAAGGGUGUGAAAAAUCCACAUCCCUGGGCAAUGUAGUUAUACUGACCUUAACCCCCCAAUUUUGAAAGCUCUAUGUUGGCAGGAGAGCUUAUCUCGCCGACAUGCUACUGCCUCUUGUGGAGGUGGAGUUGAGCCGACAGGAGAGCGCUUAGAGCAUCUUCACGAGACGCUAUAGCGGCACAACGGCAAGUUUGUAGUGUAGACCUGCUCUGUGUUUCCCAUAGCUGAAGAAGAGCAUUGUUUAAGCUCAAAAGCUUCUCUCACCAACACAAGAUAGGUGAGAUUAACACUGGAAUGGAUAAUUAAAUAAUAUAGACUGAAGAACUUUGUUUCUGCAUAUCAGGACUUUGUGUAGGCCUUGCAAGGCAGCUUAAUUAGUGGGCUCAAUUCUAGGUGUAGUCCUGUUUGGUAAUGGGAAUAAAAGUAAACCAGAUGGAAAGCAUUUAAAAGGGAGGUGGUUGAGUCAGCCAAGUGAUUGGAAAGUGUAUGUCUUGGGAGGUGGGGGAGAGACCAUGGAAGAGUGAAACUGCCAAAUUCUGAUGAUGGUUCUAGGCUGUUCUCUUGGACAAAUAAACUGCUGAUAAACCUACACACUGUCUUAUUCAUAAGAGAUGUGAAUGUGAGGAUUUCUGACAGGUUUAUUGGUAGGGAUUAGAGAGCUGGUACAACAGCUAGGUUUAAGGGAUGUUAAUGGCAAAUAAGUACACUGCUGCUGCCUGGGAAGUUAAUACUUCAACUUUGUUUCAGAUGACCUUACAAAACAGUGCAUUGCUCUCCCUUAAAUAUUUGUAUGAGAAGACCAAAGAGAAAGGUAGAUUACAGGACAUAAUAUUUUACUUUGUAGUACAAAACCUCUAAUCCCAUUGUUGUACUGGCUCCCUCUGUAGCCUUGUGCAAGUCACUUGAAGGACGCAGAGGGGCUGUCUGUAAAUGAGAUACUUGUCCUUGUCAGAAGCGUAGUGAAGAUCAUUAGCAAAUGCUUGCAAAGUGCCAUAAGAAUACCAAAUCUUCUGUAUUAUUAAAUAGACUAUGGUGGUAACCUUUAUAGUGCUUAAAGUACUGGAUGAUAAUGAAAAUGGAGGUUUUAACGUUUAUAGCUAGUACUGUAAUUGAACACAGAAAUACACAGGUCAGCUACUCAAUGGUUUGUACAACAAGUGCACAUUGAUACAGUAUUUGA